CUUAGAAAUGAAAGGAAAAGAUGACCACUAAAAAUUUAGCAGGGUUUAGGGUUUUAGAACAUCUCGAAAAUUCCCCAAAAUGUGAGGCUGCUUACUUCAGCGGGUGGGGCCAAGGCAACCACACGUUAGCCCUCAAAAGAUAUUUUUCCCGUCGAUCCUUCGAGGCCUGGAAACCUAUCAUCAACUGACUGCUAAGUCUUCUCUUUCGCUUAAGCGGGCGGGCACAUGGUUGUGUUUCAGUCCUCCGCUCUUAAACCCUUAAAACCCUUGCUUAUUCAGUACCGCUGAGCAAGGAAAUACGAAUUUUCCGAAAAAAUGGUAGCGCUCUGAGUAGCAUCAGAGCAACAUGUAACAUCAUCCCGCGACAUGUGAUCGUUGUUUUUGCGCAAGUUGCCUUGCACCAGAUUCUACUGUAGACUUAUCGUGGAUAACGUGUUUGGCAAAUAUAAGACAUUCUGAUGCUAAAUUUCUCAAUAAUUGUAAAUUUUGGCUCUAAACAAUAUUAUCGAAGAUUUGUUCUGAGCAGAAAGAAUAACAGCUUGUCAUUGAUAACAUGGUCAAGUAUAAGCUAUUUAUGGACAAAAAUGUUGAAAGAAAAUUCAAGAGUCCAGAACAAAUUGAGGCUUUGGAGCGAUUCUAUUCAGAGUUCAUGUAUCCUUCAGAAGCUAUGAAAGCUAAGCUGGCAGUAGAGUUAAUGCUAUCGAAAGAACAGGUCCACAAAUGGUUUUGCCAUAGAAGACAGAAGGAGAAAAAGCUAAAGAAAGCUGAUCCAGGAUUGAGAAGUAACCCAUAUGCCAAUAGCAAUGUGAAAAGAGAUAAUGGUAAAAAAGUGAAACAUCUUUGGCUGUCGAGAUUGAAGGAGGGAGAAAACCGGCGGCUCUUAAGUGUGGAGGAUUAUCCCAAUACUAUAGAGAACACUUAUGUGGGAAUUAGUUCAUCACAAGAAAUAUACACAUCACAGAAUGCAAGUCCUCGUGAAACAGAAUUAAUCAGAACUCAGUUUCAGAGUGGGAAUAAUUGUCCAGGGAAAUCAGAUAGACAGCUUCGAAAAAGGCGAAAUCCUUACUGCAUUGAAUCAAAGAGAAGGAAGAACAGAGCAUUGGAUUUGGAUAUGGAACAGAAUGAUCUGCAAGGUUUUGGUGAUAAUGAAGAUGUUAGAGUUGCUAAAACUAAUUUAUGUGUACAAAAUUGUGAAGAUGCUCCACUGAUGAGUGCUGAGUUUGAUCCCCUUCCUCACGGCGCUUUUGAUGUUCCAAUAGAGUCACGCCAUGAGGACGUUCACAUUUCUCGGGAUGUGUCACAAAUGCCAAGAAAGAAAAAUGUAGAAAUAAGAAAAAUGGGAAGAAACUCUUUGUCUUGUCACAAGAAAUUUUCUUCAGCAAGAUCAGGUCGAAAGGGGAAGGAUUUUUUGGCACCUAUAUCUGGUGGGAUGGGGAAAGCUUUUUUUCCACCAAGAUCUGGUGGGAUGGGGAAGGCCUUUCUGCCUCCAAGAUCUGGUGGAAUGGGGAAGGCCUUUUUGCCUCCUAGAUCUGGUGGUAUGGGUAAGGUUUUGUUGCCACCUCAUUAUUCUUCACUAACUGCAGAAGCUGAAAACAUGAGUAUGGAAGCGGAUGCUUGUGCUCAAAAUAAUAUUGAUGGUGAUGUUGUGGCAUACCAUGGAAAUGAAGGCGUGAACCAAGUAAGGCCUGAUGGGGGACAGUGCCAUUUGUUUUCAUCUCAAGGGAGUGACAAAUUUCAGCCUGAGGACAAGAAUAAGAGAAGGAUCAAUUGUGAGAAGAAAGUGCCACAGAAAAAUCGGAACUAUGCAUUGAAGGAGAAACAGAACUCAAUUCAGAAAAAGAGGGUGCAGGUUAUUCAGAAGCAAAGAGAUGGAACAAAGGGCAAGGGUGGUGCUCGAAAAGGGAAGGCAAGGAAAAAAUCUAUGAAGCUGGUUACUUUUGUUGACAAUGACCAUUUGGAAUCGAGAGAACUUCAGAAUAAGGUGUAUGAUUUGUCAGUUGGAGCUGAAAUGGAUGAAAUUGGCUCAACAUUUGCUGAAUGUGAUGAAGGUCUAUUGGCAAGGUUUCCACCUGCUACAUUGAGAAUGAAAAGGCCCUUGGCAGCCCAUCCAUGGAUAGAUUCGAAGGAGAACUUGAGAAAUUUGUUCACGGUUUUCAGAUUUUUAUAUACUUUUGCUGAUGUGAUCAACUUGUGCUCUUUCACUCUGGAUGAAUUUGUUCAGGCCUUCCAUGAUCAUGAUUCAAUGCUACUUGGGCAAAUUCAUAUUGCUCUUCUGGAACUUCUAUUUGAAGAUAUUGAAUAUGAGCUUAAGAGCUCAAGAACAAGGAAAUCAACUAAAACUGAUUUUGCAGUAAAUGAUUGUGGUUUUUUGCAACUGAUCCAAUCUGUUAAAUGUCAGCGGUUUGAUUUUAAAGUUCGGCAUAAAUUCUUGAACCCUCUUACAUGGCCAGAAAUUCUCAGGCAGGUUGUACUGGAAGCUGGUUUUGGUCCAAAACAAAAGGAGCUGCAAACAGAAAAUAGAAUUAUCAAUAAGGAUGAGAGUCAAAUAGGGCCCCAUGGAUUGGUCCCUGGAACACUAAAACAUGCUUUAUUUCAUAUCUUGUUGCGAGAAGGCACUACUGGUUUGAAAGUUUCUAAAUUGACCAAACACAUUCAGAAUUCUGAUUUGAAUAAUAUCUCAUCAAGCAACGGACUAGAAGCUGCAAUAUGUUCUACUCUUGCAAGUGACAUUACCCUUUUUGAAAAGAUCUCAUCGUCAGCAUUUCGUCUAAGAGCAAAUCUUAUAUUUACAAGAGACAGAGAACAGUAUCAUUCAUGUUCAGAAAGUUCAGAUGUGGAAAGUGAUUAUGUGGAAAGUGAUUCUGAAAAAUCAGAUGGGGAUGAAACUGGGGAAUCAGGCUAUGAAGAACAAGAUAGGCUAAAUACAACAGAUUGUGCAAGAGAGGGUGUCCAUGGCACAGGUACACAAGAAAUUCCACCUUCAAUGGAAGGCAGGAAUCAACUUGAAGCAUUAGAAGAUGAGAGAAACAAGGGUGAAGGGAAUGACAGACUUUGUGAUGUUGGAACUGCAACAAAUGAAAGUCGUGUAGAAGAGGCUUGGUUGUUGUGUUUGAUGGAAGAGGAGUACGAAGAACUAAGUGUUGAAGAAAGGUUGAAUGCUCUUAUGACCCUCGUGAAAAUAGUGAAAUCUGGAUGUAGCAUACAGAAUUCAGUUAAGGAUCCACUAGAAACAUCAUCACAGUUUUUCUUACCAGUUGGACCCCAAAGAAUUGGCAGUCAGAAUGGGAGACAUAAAACUGUUGCACCAAAGAAAUACAAUAAAAAUGAUCGAUCGCACAAUUUAAGUGAUCUAUCAGGUCAAAAGUCUCAUUCAAAGGGAUUGCUAGCUUCACAGAAGCAUGGUCGAGGAUCAAGUUCCAUGCAAUGUAUAUGUCUAGGGUCAGAUCGCAGGCAUAAUACAUAUUGGCAGUUUAUAAGUAGAGGUAGCUUACAAGACCAGGGACGUGGAAGGGUCUAUUUUCAAUCAUCUGAAGAUGGACAUUGGGAAGUGAUUGAUAAUGAAGAGGAUUUAGAGAACUUUAUGUUGCUUUUGGACAGUAGGAGCAGUAGGGAAGCUAGCCUUUUUGCUUCUUUAAGAAGUUGUAAAGCUAUACUUUGCCGAGAGAUGCGCAAGUCUAAAGCUUGUAGAAAUCAAGAUAUUUCAGGCAAUGACAGUGAAAGUAAUGAAAGGGAGAUUAUGUCUAGUGACAGUUCUGCAGUGUCACUUGUAGAGAAUAAUCAAAAUAGCAUCGUUUCUGAGGCUGAGAAUGAUUCUUCUGCACCCCCUGGAGCUAUUUCACUUGAAUUUGGGAGGACUGAAAUGGAGAAGCAACAUGAAUGGGAUCGUUAUCGAGCCUUUGACAAAUGGGUGUGGAGUGGUUUCUUUCAAAUGCUAAAUGUCUUAAAAUACAACCCAGAUAUGCUAGUAUCUUGUGAAGGUUGUCAUGACCUUUACUGGCCAGAGGAAGGGCAUUGUAAGCUUUGCCAUACAACCUUUGAGUUGGAUUUUGAUUCAGAAGAAAGAUAUGCUGUACAUGUUAAAACGUGCAGAAUAAACACUCAAAAUGACAGCAGCCAUAGACAUAAAGUUCUACCGUCACGGCUUCAGUCACUGAAAGCAGGGAUGCAGGCUGUUGAGGCUGUGUUACCUCAAGAGGCUCUAGAGGUUUCUUGGAAGAGGUCAGGCCAGAAAGUUUGGAUCAAGCGACUCAGGCGUGCUUCAUCUUCAAGUGAGCUUGCUCAGGUGCUUGGGGAUCUUGAAACUGCUAUUCGUGAUGACUGGUUACAGUCCUGUAAUUUAUCAUUUAAAUCAAGAUCUGCAUGCAGGGAGAUGAUGCCCAUUUUUGCAGGUGCUCCGCAUACUAUAGCUUCAAUGGCAUUCUGGCUGGUGAGAUUGGAUGUUAUUGUUUCUGCUAACCAGAAAAAAAUUCCAACCAAAGCUACAUGUCAGAGAAGGCUGCGUUCAAAAGGGAAGAAUGCCAUUUGAUGAUUGGGAUUUACUGCAGAAGUUUUGAGAAUGUUUCUCAUGGUGUUGAAUUAAAUUUACACUAUAAGGAACUGCUGUGGUGAGGAUCCCUAGUGUAUUUUAGGAUUGCAGGUAUAUUAGAAGACUGCUUAUUAAAGGAUCGAUUAAUUGUUUAUAGAUUUAUAUGCAAUAUGCUGCUGCAAUCAGUAAACUUGUAAGUUCUGCAGCAGUAUUGCACAGCUCACAAUAGAUGAAUUACCAUCAUUACCAUAGCUGAAAAUGAUGGGCUAUCAUGGUUAAAUGAUGGGCUAUUCAGCAGAAGUAUAAUACCCUUCCGGGUCAAAUUCCCUAGAUGAGCAUUAUUUCAGAUCAUUACCAUAGCUGAAAAUGAUGGGCUAUCAUGGUUAAAUGAUUUCCCUAUUUUUGUAUUAUCCUAGGAUCUGCUUACUGAAGCAACUAGAUAUUUGUGAUUUAGCAGUUUAAUAUCACUUGUCAUACUGAACUGCUGUACAAGCAACAUUUUUGUCAAUAAUAUAUGUGAUUCAUGGCCAAGAUUUAACAUACGGGAGACAUUGUAGUAUGCUACUGUUGUAACCUUCUCCUGAGGGUUUGAGAAAACAUUUUUGGUUGGAAUAGAAAAAUAAUAUUUUUCAAA